UGCAACAAGCAGCAAAUCAAACAACCUACGCCGACGUGCAAAAGACGAAGUCACGAUGCGGAAUAAGAAAAAACAUUUUAUCCAGAUGCAACACCAAAAUUAUGCGAAACUGAAGCUUUACCUUCUGUCCUACCAUGAGUUCCUUUCGACUCAUAAAGCCAUGCGCAUCAAGGCUUUCGGUUCAUGACUGGGUUGGUGAUAUGUGUAAAUGGAAAAACAUGAGUCACAAUCUUGCGGGGUGUUGAAAAUUAUUUAAUAAGGUGCACUCUACGAUAUUCAAUGGUCUUCAUGUUUCUAAGAUAUUCUUUGUUUUACUUUUUUGUUUACUUCUAAAAAAUCACAGUUGCUACCAUCACCACAUCAUAAUCUUAACAUCACAGAUAGCAUCUGGACAAAUAUGCUAAACAAUGAACCAUGAAGGCUGUCAACUACUGCUGCAUCCUCGCUCUCUAUUACAUUCAGACCGCAUUUCUCAUCGCAGCCCAGGUUCCUGACAAAGAUCCAGAAUACAACCCAGCUUGGGGUCCAGCAUUUGAUACCAACAUAUGCCCGCAGUAUUAUCUUCGCGAAACUAAUCACAACUCAACAUUAACCGUCGAGCUUAUCGCUACUUGCACCGAUGGCAGUGAUACCUCGCAGUACCGCACGAGCAGUUUGAACCUCGACCAAUGCUUAUAUAACGAGGAAGGAGACCUCUUCGCUUCAGAACCCCAAGAUUUCUACACGGGCCCCUUUUCAAAGACGUGUAACAACUGUGGCCUCUCCUUUCUGUCGAUUGACGGAGAUACCGAAGGCGUGUAUCUCAAAUGUAGCUGCUUGCCAGGUUUGGGCGAUGACCGCACACCGAAGCAGACGAUGUUCCGCCUUGGUAAGUUUACGUAUCUUAUGACUCAUUUACCCUCCCGAAAAAAACACUAGAAUAUGGACGUCUUUAACUUGUCAUCACAGGUCGGUCGAUCUACGUCAAGAAC